UUUGCUUUGUAGUACCAAAAUCUCAUUUCCUGUUCAAUUCACACUGCACUUCUUCCACUAUGUCUACCUGAAAGAAACCAACCACAACCUUCUUAUUGGAAAUAAUCUAAGCUUUUUGCACAGUUAAUAUAUUUGAAAAAAAAAGGAAAAAAAAAUGUCUGCUUCACUUGUUGUUCACAACUUUUGUUCUCUUGCAUCUUGCUUUCCAAAUUGCACCCAAAACCGAACCGUGGCUCUUACACAUCAUCAAUUUCAUUCACCCAAUUCCCUUUUGAAGUUAAAGAAGCAAUCUUUCCUCUCAGACACUCACUUAAAGAGCUCCAGAACCCGGAAAUCUCCCUCCACUUUUGUAGUUUUUGCAGUACAAUCGAAUUUUUUUAAAGUUCUGCAAAAUGCAUGGAAAGCUGGUAGGGAUGGAAUUGAGGCAGGAACUAAUCUGGUUCCUAAUUCUGUACCAAGACCAAUAGCAAGGAUUUCAGUAACUAUUGUGGCUUUGAGCGUUACGCUUUUUGUACUCAAGGCUUUCCUCUCUACUGCUUUCUUUAUAUUGGCCACUAUAGGACUUGUUUACUUCGCAUACCUAGCAUUCAAUAAGGAUCAAGGACCUAGCGGGAAUGGAGGAACUACCUCAACUCCUAUGGAGGAUCCUGUGGAAGAAGCUAAAAAGAUAAUGGAAAAAUACAAGUAGCAGCAUCAAAGUAAGUUGUUCUGAACCACUCAAUUUGUGUAUUGUACAUUUGUUCAAUGUAAAGCUGUGAUCCUGUGAGUAAUAGUUAAUUGAGAUAGGAAAUUUGAUGCAAUAGA